CCCUCCUCGGGCCGGAGUUCCUAUCAAAGCCCCCCUUGUCUUGUUGUGACAGCUCUGAUAUUGUUUAUUGAGGCUGGAUGUCAGGUAUAAUUAGCAAUCGAUAUGGAAAACGUUUGCUCCCCACACUGGCACGUCUCUGACGUCAGGACCGAUUAACGUUUCUUAUUGGUCCCAAAUUCCCCCAGCCUGAGCUAAUUAUUGGGAGCCUGAUGUUGAUAAAGUUAAAGCGCCCGGGCGCCCUGCAGCAUGAGCCCCUCGCCGCGCCUCCUCCUCCUCGGGCAGCAGCACCCCCGGCCCCAGCCGCCCCGCCGCCCGCGCCCCCAGCCCCGCCGGCACCCCCCGCGCUAGAGCCGCCCCCAUGAUGGACAGCCGCAUCCUGGAGCAUCCCCAUCCCCAGUUCGGGGGGAUGGUGGGCUUCCCUUACCCGCUCGGGCACCACCACGUCUACGAGCUGGCCGGGCACCAGCUGCAGUCGGCGGCCGCCUCCGUCCCCUUCUCCAUCGAUGGAUUAUUGAGCGGCUCCUGCGCCGCCUCCGUGGUCAACCCGGCGCCGCUCAUCCCCUCGGGCUGCGGGGUGAGCGGGGACAGCCAGCCCUUCAAGCUCGCAGACUCGGGUGACCCGGACAAAGAAAGUCCUGGCUGUAAAAGAAGACGAACCCGCACCAAUUUUACUGGCUGGCAGCUCGAGGAGCUGGAAAAGGCGUUUAAUGAGAGUCAUUACCCGGACGUGUUUAUGAGAGAGGCUCUGGCUCUCAGGCUGGACUUGGUGGAGUCCAGAGUGCAGGUCUGGUUCCAAAACCGCCGGGCCAAAUGGAGAAAGAAAGAGAACACGAAGAAGGGCCCGGGGCGGCCGGCUCACAACUCCCACCCCACGACGUGCAGCGGGGAGCCCAUGGACCCCGAGGAGAUCGCCCGCAAGGAGCUGGAGAAGAUGGAGAAGAAGAAGCGCAAGCACGAGAAAAAGCUCCUCAAAAGCCAAAGCCGCCACCUCCACUCGCCCAGCGGCCUCUCUCUGCACAGCACGCCCAGCUCCGACAGCGACAGCGGCGGCGGGGGGGGCCUGUCUCCCGCGCCCCCCGAGGCCAAGCCCCGCGGGCAGCCCCCGCCGCACCACCCGCCGCCCCCCGCCGCCCCCUCCGAGCCGCCCCCCGGCACCUGCGACCAAACGGCAGAGCCCUUCUACCCCGGCCAAAGAAGCGGCAGCGGGCGGCUCCAGCGCCCGCCCGACAAGGACUGCGCGGCCGCCCCGUCGGGGGACGGCAGCGGGGGUGCGGGGGGGCCCCGCGGCGCCGGCAGCUUCCACAAGCUCAACCCUUUCAGCGUGGAGAGCCUCCUCUCCGACUCGCCCCCCCGCCGCAAAGCCGCCCCGGACUUCCCCGGCCUCCCCCCCUGCGCCCCCCGCACCCUCAUCGGCAAAGGACACUUCUUGCUCUACCCCAUCACCCAGCCCCUGGGCUUCCUCGUCCCGCAGACCGCCCUGAAGGCCCCCCCGGGCCCCGAGGCCGGGCAGCCCCCCCGGGACUCCCCGCUGCCCGCCGCCAACCCCGGCCCGCCCGGCUGCAGCGCGGAGCCGCCGCCCGCCGGCGCCCAGCCCGGCCCCGGCUCCACGGACUCGGCGGCCGGGUCGGUGCCCCCCCCGCCGGCCGGAGCUUCUCCCCGCUCCGCGGCCGCGCAGGCUGACCCGGCGGCGGCCGCCCCCGCGGAAGGCGGCAGCUUCCCCCGGCCCAAAUCGCCGGUGCGGGCGAGGGAGGCCAGCACGGCCCGGGACAGAUCGGACUGCGGCCCCGCCGACGGCGAGGAGGUGGACAUGGACUGACCGGGCGGGGGAAAAAAAAAAAAGCAGCAGGAAACAAUUAAUAAUAAUAAUAAAAAAAAGAACAGAAAGCAAAAAUAAAACCACCCGCGAACGACACCGGCGCCCCCCGCGCCCGUCACCGAGAAACGGGGGGAAGCGCUUCCCCGCGCAGCCCAGAGAGCGGCUCGUCCUCUCCUUAGAGUUUAUCACAGGUCGAUUCAGGUGAUCAGUUAGAGCUUUUUGGGUUUUAUAUUUAAAGGGAAGAAGAAAAAAAAAAAAAAAGAAAACGGGGUAAAAACAAAAAAAAAAAAAAGGAAAAUUGUUUGUUAAGGCUUAGCAGCAGCUGGACUUUGUGGUGUGACAAACUGUACCGCGACAACAACGGAACUCCUCAAAACCCUUGUAAAAUGCAAAAAUGUCUAAGAAUAUUUAUAUAUGUAAAAUUUU